CUUGCACAUCAGAAUGGCAAAUCGAAAUCUGCACAUUUCACUAGUGACAGCAAUAGGCCUGAGCUUAACUACCCUUGCCUAUUGUAAAAGCAAGACCGAGUGGGAAUCCAGGGUUAUCUAUCAGGUACUCACAGACAGAUUUUCAUCAACAGAUGGCCCUGCAAACUGCACAAAUCUGGAACACUAUUGUGGCGGGACGUUUAGAGGACUGAUCAACAAAUUGGACUAUAUUCAAGAUUUGGGAGCCAACGCAAUAUGGAUAUCUCCAGUGGUGGAAAACACAGAAAACGGUUACCAUGGAUACUGGGCUAAAGACAUAUACAACAUUAACCCUCACUUCGGAAGCUCUGAUGACUUGAUGGCUUUAGUGGAUGCCUGUCAUAAGAGAGACAUUUGGGUCAUGGUGGAUGUCGUUGCGAACCACAUGGGUUAUCCACCUGGAUGUCCUUCAUGUCCGAUGACACAACGCCUCAAUUUCACUGGCUUUGUGCCCUUCAACAUGGCAGCCUAUUACCAUAACUACUGUGAGAUAAAGGACUGGUCAAACCAAACUCAGGUGGAACUAUGUCGCCUGGCGGAGCUACCUGACCUGAAUCAGACCGAUAACCUCGUGCGCCAGUUACAAGUGGUUUGGGUUCUCAACCUCACGCGGUUUUAUCACUUCGACGGUAUUCGAAUCGACACAGUACCCGAGGUACAUAAGGAUUUUUGGAAGGAAUUCUCUCAAGCCGCGGCUGUUUUCAGCAUUGGAGAGGUAGACAAUGGCGACAUUUCUUACAACGCUAGAUACCAGGGGCCCAUGGACUCAGUUCUAAAUUAUCCCAUGUACUUCACUUUGCGUCAUGUCUAUCAGGAGAAGCAGUCUCCGUGGUUGAUUAAUCAGGCACUUAGGAAUGAGGCGGCCAUAUUUAAAGACACCAAAGUUCUAGGUGGUUUCCUUGACAACCAUGAUAACCCGAGAUUCCUCUGUAUCAAUGAUGACUGGACUUCGCUAAAAAAUGGUCUAACCUACUCUCUGAUGGCAAAGUGGAUCCCUAUUAUUUACUACGGUACGGAGCAAGGAUUCAGAGGCUGUAACGACCCAAACAACAGAGAAGCCCUGUGGCCACAUUACGACAAGCAGCAUGACAUGUAUCAGUUUAUAUCCACGGUUCUCCGUUAUCGUUCCUCGGUGGUACAGGAUUUGAUGGCCUCUGCUCAGACAGAAAGAUGGGUAGACGACAAGAUAUACGCCUUUACUCGAGGAACGGGAGAAAAAAUUUUGGUUGUGACGACUAACCAAGGUUCUGGUUCAACAGUGGAGGUCACCAUCCCGAACCUUCCCUAUCCCGACCAUACCGUUUUGCAGAAUGUUUUGGAUGAGAGUGAAAAGGUGGAAUCCAAUUUCGGACGAGUGACUCUGACCAUCCAAAAUGGACAGCCGAAAAUUUACCACGUUCUGUCGGGGCAAUUUACAUGGAAUUUAGAUGCUGGUUAUUCGACAGGUGUGGACUACAAGGUGGCUGUUAUUGUUGGGAUCUCGGUCGUCGCUGUUCUGGCUUUGGUUGUAUACGGUGCGAGUCACCUACAUACAUAAAACAAUAACUACCUUCACUGUAUGUUGAAAUAGUUGCCAUUUACGAUGACGUUGGCGGCGAAGCUGAUAAGGUGGUAAUGGUAACCAUAGUAACAGGGGAGACUAUCAGGCGGUACAUAUAUACCUUCGCCUUGACAACCGUGCAUCGAAUUACCCCCCUUUGUCCGUAGUACGCCGUGUUAAGAACUGCAUACCUAAACAGCCUUUUCAAUCCGGAACAAUAGCCAUGAAUAA